AUGUACGAGCAGGCAGAGCCUGUCCGGUCGCCUUUCUCCGGCCCCGACAGCCGCCAAAGCAGCAACCCGCCGCCCCAACCCCGUCCCGUCCGUCAGAGUGGUUCACGCGGGCGUGUCCGCCAUGGCAACGGCGCUUCCGACAAGCAGCGGCCGCGGGAAGACCAGGACACGUCUUCACACACGUACGAAAACGCCGAGGAGGCGAAACGUUACGCAACGUCUGCAGACCGCGCGUAUCCGGGUGGAGCGAGCGGCCGCUGUGGUGUCUGUAGCUUCCUCCGCGCCCGCCGCAGCUGCCAGGCCGCCGGCAUCGCCGUGCUACUGGGCCUGGUUGCCGUGGGACUCGCCCCUCUGACGUUCAGCAACAAACAGGAAAUAUCUCAAUUGUCCACCACUGUUGACGCCUUAAAACGCGACCUGGACAACGAGCGAAACCGAGCCGCCGCCUUGGAGCAGCGUCUUCACGAGAUUGAGAAGACUUUACCAUCUUGUCCUGAAGGUUACACAAUCGGGCGUGGAAUCUGCUACAAGGCCUGCAACACACUCAAGACCUUCAGCGAAGCGGACGCGACCUGUCGUGUAGACGGCGGCACCCUCGCCAUGCCCCGAGACGCUGACACCAACGACUUCCUGGUCUCCCUGUACAAGCCCGUGAACGACCAUACGUCCUUCUGGUUCGGUCUGCACGAUCAGCGCGAAGAGGGAAGGUUUGAGUGGGUGGACGGUUCUGCACUUGGGCCGUACAACUCCUGGGCUCCGAAAGAACCGAACGACGCGGGUAGUGGCGAAGAUUGCGCCGUUUACUCCGCAAAGCUGAAACACAAGUGGAACGACCAACCAUGCCACUUUCAGCUUUACUUCAUAUGCCAGGCUGCUCCAGGUAAUAGUUGUAUCUUUGCUAUUCCCUGA